UUGUGAAGAAACUCCUCCCACUUUCUCAGAGAUCCAGGAAACUGAGAUUCAGGUUUACCUGCUUACUCGGUUAACUAAGAAAACUGAAUGAUUUAUAGAAGAUGAUGAUGAUUUAUAUUUCUGAUGAAGAGUUUUUGGAGUCCCUGCUGUGAAUUUGAAGAUAGUUUUAUUUUAAACAGAACGCUGAGAGUUUACACUGGAUUAUUAUUUUACUAAACUGAAAGUGAAACUUUGAAGAAGGAUUUUAACGUGAAGCUCAGAAAAUGGCGUCUAAAAGUUUUUCUGAGGAGGAUUUCUCUUGUCCUCUGUGCUGUGAUAUUUUUACAAAUCCUGUUUUGUUGUCUUGUAGUCACAGUAUCUGUAAAGACUGUAUUCAGAGAUUCUGGGAAAGUAAAGUAACUAAAGAUUGUCCAGUUUGCAGAAGAAGAUCUUCAAAAGAGUUUCCUCCAAUAAAUUUAGCUUUGAAGAACCUGUGUGAGACUUUCUUAAAGGAGAGAUGUCAGAGAUCUUCAUCAGUUUGUCAUCUUCACAAUGAGAAACUCAAACUCUUCUGUCUGGAUGAUCAACAGCCGGUGUGUUUGGUGUGUCGAGACUCCAGAACUCACAACAACCACAAAUUCUGUCCUGUCGAUGAAGCUGUCAUUGAUAAUAAGGAGAAACUCAAGACUGCAUUAAAACCCUUACAGGAGAAACUGAGAAUAUUUAAGAAGAAUAAACAGAAUUUGGAUAAAACUGCAGAACAUAUAAAGAUUCAGGCUGAACGCACAGAGAAGCAGAUUCAUGAAGAGUUUGAGAAACUUCACCAACUUCUACAUGAUGAAGAAUCAGUCAGAAUAACAGCACUGAGAGAGGAAGAGGAGCAGAAGAGUCAGAUGAUGAAGGAGAAGAUUAAAAAGAUGAGCAGUGAGAUUUCAUCUCUUUCACACACAAUCAGAGUCAUAGAGAAGCAGAUGACAGCUAAAGAUGUUUCAUUCCUACAGGACUUUAAGAGCACAAUGGAGAGAGUUCAGUGUAGAACGUCAGAUCCAGAGGACAUCUCAGGAAUGAUGAUCAAUGUAGCAAAACAUCUCAGCAACCUGAAGUUUACUGUCAUACACAACAUGAAGGAGAAAGUUGAAUACAUUCCAGUGACUUUGGACCCAAACACUGCUCACUAUAAACUCCUUCUCUCUGAUGAUCUGAGCAGUGUGAGAUGCAGUAAAGAAGCAGCGCUGCUUCCUGAUAAUCCAGAAAGAUUUGAUGUGUAUCAGUGUGUUUUGGGUUCAGAGAGCUUUAAUUCAGGGAUUCACAGCUGGGAUGUUCAGGUUGGAGAAAACACAUACUGGCAUCUGGGUGUGAUGACAGAAUCUGCAGAGAGGAAGAAGAACAUAUCAUGCAGCAGUGGAUUCUGGUGUGUUGAGUAUGUCUCUGGUAAAUACGGUGCAGUCACUACACCACUGGUAAAAGCUCUUGAUCUCUCAGUGAAAGUGAAACUCGAGAGAAUCAGAGUUAAGUUGGAUUAUGAGAGAGGAAAACUGUCAUUCUCUGAUCCUCUCACUAACACACACAUACACACUUUCACACACACAUUUACUGAAAGAGUUUAUCCAUGGUUCUGUGUUUGGUGUAAUAUUUCUCCUCUGGUGAUCUUACCGGUAAAAUCCUCUGAAAAACUCUGAAUCAGGGAUUUAAUUUGAGAUUGAUUUUGUUUAACUGUUUAUUGUUUUUGUUGAUGUUUCUUUUAAGAUGAAGUGCAUGAAGUUGUUGUUUUUGUUGAGUGUAUUGAUUGUGUUGAGUUGUAAUUGAUUGAGGAUGAAUUUGAGUCUUCACACAACACAACUGAUCAUCAGAUCUCUGACUUUCAUCAUAGAGAACUGAAUAACAAACCUCAUAGAAGCACAGAGAGAAAAACUGAUGGAGAAAAGAAAGAAAUCAAAUGUAUUUCUCUUCUAGCAGUAUGAGCAGUGCAGAUGAGUUUGUUGUUGUUUUGUUAAAAGAAGACGCCGCUGAUAUUGAAUGCAGUCGUGUUUAAAGAAACACAUGGAGUUACACAGACUGAUAUAAAAACACUGUAUUAUCAUUAUACAAAUAAACAUGAUGUGAGAUAUCUCAA